ACAACCCAUGCGGUCGGGCAAAAUUUGUGGAUCGUAGUUUCAUGUAUAAGGUUUUACGUAUUAAGGGUAUUAAUUUGAUGUAUUUACGCUGCAUUAGUUAAGGUGUAUAUUCUUUUCUCGUUAACUCAAUCACAGACGCCUUGAAAAUGGCGCAAAGGCUGUUUGGAGCGAUAGGGAAAAUCGGUAUCGGUCUUGCCAUCACAGGAGGGGUCGUUCAAACUGCACUUUUCAAUGUGGACGGUGGGCACAGAGCUGUGAUAUUUGACAGGUUCCGUGGUGUACAGGAGACAGUUGUUGGGGAGGGAACACACUUCCUUAUCCCCUGGGUCCAAAAGCCUAUUAUUUUUGAUUGCCGGAGUCGACCCAGAAAUGUUCCAGUCAUCACAGGAAGUAAAGAUUUACAGAAUGUCAACAUCACCUUACGUAUUUUAUUCCGACCGGUGAUCAACCACUUGCCCAAAAUGUACACAAAUCUUGGUGUGGAUUAUGACGAAAGAGUGCUGCCUUCCAUUACCACAGAGGUUCUCAAAGCUGUAGUGGCCCAGUUUGACGCCAGUGAGUUAAUCACAAACAGAGAAAUUGUGUCGCAGAGAGUCAGCGAGGAGUUGACAGACAGAGCGGGUACAUUUGGACUGAUUCUGGAUGACAUCUCUCUGACACAUUUGACCUUUGGCACAGAGUUCACAGCAGCCGUUGAGUUAAAACAGGUGGCUCAGCAGGAUGCAGAGAGAGCAAGAUAUGUCGUAGAAAAGGCCGAACAACAGAAGAUAGCUGCUGUCAUAUCAGCUGAAGGAGACACGCAGGCUGCACAGCUAUUGGCUAAGGCAUUUGGGGACGCAGGUGAGGGAUUGGUGGAACUGAGAAAGCUUGAAGCCGCGGAGGACAUUGCCUAUCAACUUUCACGGUCCAGGAAUGUGGUGUAUUUACCCCAUGGGCAGCAAACAUUACUAAGCCUUCCACAGUAAUGACCUCUAAAGUGUAUGAACUCUCAACUGUCCAGGAUCCUACCAAUCAUUUGUGUCCACGAUUCUUGAACAAUGUAGAACGCUAUUGCCACAGUGUGACUGACACAAUAUAUGAACUCUCAGCUGUCCAGAAUCCUACCAAUCAUUCAUGUCCACGAUUCUUGAACAGUCUAGAAUACGGUUGCAGGUGCAUGAAGCCUAAUUUUAUAGUAAUGUUACAAAUUGUUGCAAGAGUACUGUACGGCAAUACUGUUUUUGGUAACAAUUGUACUGGUAACUGUAUUUCUGUAUAGAAUUUGAACACAAGACCAUAUUUGCAAAUUGUUACAGAAGUAAUACUGUUUCUGUAACAUUGUUGCUGUGAUAUGUCUUUCUCCACAGAACCUGAAUAUAUUGCCAUGGUGGCAACCUGUCUGCAAGAAUAAAACUGGCUGAGGAUCUUGGUUGUUGCAUCAUUACAUGUAGUGUUGUAGGAAACUUUAGCACAUUUUUGCAGGCUUGGAAAUAAUUUUAAAGUUGCUGCAGGUCAUAAGGACAAAUUUUCUAGCUAUUCACAUUAUUUGAAAAGUUAAAAUUUUCUACAUGGCAGUUUUGUCCUGUACUAAACAGUCAGUCCCUGUCAAAAUACUAUUUUGGUGCAGGACAUUGUCCUUGUCUUACUGCUUAUUUCCAGGCUUGCUUUUUUAGUUUCCCAUAUCAUUUUCAUCUUGCAAGAUAUAUAAGAUCUCCUCAAACUUUUUACCAGAUAUAAUUUUUGACGUCAAGACUUCUUUGCAGCAGUAUUCCAUAAUUAUAUGUGAAUUCUGGUUCAAAGUUGCCAGCCAUUUCUGCAAAGCAGAAUGGGUGUCAUUCAGAAGAGCAUGACGUGUAAAAGAGUAUAUGGUUGGCAAUCAGAUGACAGAUACUAAACUAAUACAGACAGUAAAAUUUUGCCAGCUUUCCAGUCAGUAAUUAGUUCAAGAAAAACGUGCAGUACUGUUCCUUCACGUGGACCUGACAUUUAUAUUCAUUAUCAAAUCAAAACACUGUUGGCACCUUGUUUUUCUGCCUACAGGUCAUCCAGAAAGAGGUAUUUUGCCAAGGUUUGAAGUUAUGUACCUUGUAUAGAUAGUGUUGUGCUGAAAUGAUUGUUUAUAGUGCUGAAAGAAUGUUUACAGUGCUGAAAGAAUGGACUGUUAUGUCCACAAGUACAAAGUAUGUAUCAUGAAUGGAAAUGAGCAUGGAACUCUUAUGUCUUUGGUGUGUAGGUACAUGCAGAACAUAACCAAGUAGAAUGUUUGAAAUAAACAACGAGUAUAAUCUAA